UCAGUUCGGCUCAAUCCAAUGGAUUGUAUGUGGGAACGUCUCAGGCAUAAGGGAGCAUGCUAUCACCUCACCUCAAAGGAUAUAAUUUUCUCAUCACUAUAAACAAACAUGCAGAGAACAGAACUGUACACCAAGAAUAUACGUAUAUACUAGUCAAGCAUCUGCAGCCUCCUGGAGCGCAGUUACAUGAAGCAGCUGCAGUUAUCCGAGAAUGCAAUGAGACCUUGCGUAUUUUCACCUUUGUGAGGCAGCCAGAGAAACGCUACUUUAUUUUCUUCAUUAUUGCAUUUACGAAGACGGUCUAAGCUAUUGGUACAGUACACUUGUCACUGCGCAGAGAAGAUGCUGCACAGACACAUUACAAUUAUGUGAUUCAUGAUUAUAUUUGACAAAUCAUUGGUGCAGUCUCCUGAACUUGCUGUGCUUUUUAUCCUGUUUGAAAUCACAAGGUGAGGGAAAACUACUUCUGAAAAGCACUGAAUCAUUAAACAGAACAGGAGAGGUGGUCUGAUUUUGCUGCUUCCCAAAUUACAUUCCGUUUUUGUGAAGAAUGCAUCCUUAAGGGCUCCAGUUAUUUUAUUAUGGAAGAUAAAAGGGGAUAUUAAGCACAACCUGUUGCAUCUUGCGAUUAUCGUGCUGUAGACUUUUUUUCAUCAUCACCCAGGGCAAAGUGGAAGGACCUGCAGUAUCCUCUGAGUAGAAUUACGGCUUCUUAGAGAGAUGUCACGGCACCAUAGCCGGUUUGAAAGAGAUUAUCGUAGUGGGUGGGACCGUCGGGAACGCAACUCUAAUGGUAAUCAUGUCAGCAGCACAAACUGUAACAGCACUACCAACAGUAACUGCAAUAACAGCAGGCCCGGUCUUUUACCCCUCCCAGUGGUUCCUUCUCGUCUUCCGUCACCAUCAGUUUCUACUUGUACUACCACAAGCACCGAUAUGAUGACAAACCUCAUGUCUAGUCCUUGCACAGCUUCAGCUAUUAAGAAUCGUGGCAUUUCUAAGACUAAUGGACAGAUUCCAGGACACAUGCUCGCUACGAGUGUGAGGUGGGGACAGACGCCUGUCAACCAGUCAACACCAUGGGAAAUUGAUGAACCCCCAUCCAAGCAAAUGAGAGAAGCUGAUAACCCAGGUACAGCUUCUUGGGUUGCACCAGUUGUCACAGUCAGUCAAUCUGCGCUUGCCACACAGACAUAUGGAAUGGCACAGCCUUCAGUUUUCAGUCAGGCAGUGAAUGUGCAGGCUCCUGUCAUUGCAGUGGCUCCCACAAUUCCUCAUCCCGUACCUCCACAGCUCCCACUCAUGUCAGCUCAUCAUUAUCAGCUACAGCAACAGCCUUCACAGCCUCUCUCUAACAUGGUGGUGAAUCUUCAAAAUCAGUCACUGUACACAAACAGUCAGCCAAUCCCCAUCCCUGCAGUGACAGCCGUGACAAGUGUUGGCCAUGUCAAUCAAGUCAACCCUAUCAUUGGUAAUGGACAUAUGACUUGCCCUAUGAUGCCACCACCUGCUUUGCAUUCAUCUGCAUUGCCUAAUAAUGUUACAGUGGUCAAUGGACAGUCUCCUUCUCAAUUAACAGUCAGUCAGCCAGCUACCUUGGAUAAUUCAAAUGGAGUUCAGAUGUUGCGAACUGUUGGUAUUGGAAAGUACGAGUUUACAGAUCCUUGGCACCCUAAAGAAAUGUUGAAGGAACUCAACCUGCAGCGCAGAAUGAAAGAGUUUACAGACCUGAAAAUAAUUGUUGAAGGCAAAGAGUUUGAAGUCCACCAAAAUGUUCUAGCUUCCUGCAGCUUGUAUUUCAAGGACCUGAUUAAAAGGUCAUCGAAAGAAAAAGGAAGUGGAGAGCAGCUGGAAUUAUCAAUGUCAAAUAUAACUGCAGAGGUUCUGGAACUGCUGCUGGAGUUUGUUUACACAGGCUCCCUAAUCAUAGAUUCUGCCAAUGCAAAAACACUCCUGGAGGCUGCCAGCAAGUUCCAGUUUCACACCUUCUGCAAAGUCUGCGUUUCUUUUCUAGAGAAACAGUUAACUGCUAGCAACUGCUUAGGAAUUUUAGCCAUGGCUGAAGCUAUGCAAUGCAAUGAGCUUCAUAGCAUGGCAAAAGCAUAUGCACUUCAGAACUUCCCAGAGGUAGCAGGUCAAGAAGAAAUUCUCAACGUUUCUAAAGAAGAUUUAAUUUGCUACUUCUCCAAUGACAGCCUGAACACAAAAGCUGAGGAAUUAGUGUACGAGACUGUGAUAAAAUGGAUCAGGAAGGACCCUGCAAAUCGAGCUCAGCAUAUUGCAGAACUGUUGGCCGUAGUUCGCUUACCCUUCAUCCAUCCAAGUUACUUAUUAAAUGUAGUAGAUAAUGAAGAGUUGAUAAAGUCUUCAGAGGCCUGUCGAGAUCUAGUUAAUGAAGCAAAACGUUAUCACAUGUUGCCACAUGCACGACAAGAAAUGCAGACACCACGGACACGACCAAGAUUUUCAGCAGGAGUGGCUGAAGUCAUUGUCCUAGUUGGUGGUCGUCAGAUGAUUGGAAUGAACCAGCGAGCGUUGACAGCUGUGACCUGCUUCAACCCUCAGAACAAUAAAUGGCAUCCAUUAGCUAGUCUGCCUUUCUAUGACAGGGAAUUCUUCAGUGUUGUCAGCGCAGGAGACAAUAUUUAUCUUUCAGGUGGUAUGGAAGCUGGUGUCACAUUAGCUGAUGUCUGGUGUUAUAUGUCCCUGCUGGAUAACUGGAACUUGGUGUCGCGAAUGACUGUUACCAGAUGUCGACAUAACAGUUUGGUGUAUGAUGGGAAAAUAUAUACAAUUGGAGGCAUUGGAGUGACAAGCAACUUGGAUCAUGUUGAAAGGUAUGAUACAAUCACAAAUCAGUGGGAGGUGGUGGCCCCCCUACCAAAACCAGUUCAUUCUGCAGCUGCUACAGUUUGUGGUGGCAAAAUCUAUGUGUUCGGAGGAGUGAAUGAAGCUGGCCGGGCAGCUGGGGUUCUACAAUCAUACAUCCCUCAGACGAAUACAUGGAGCUUCAUAGAAUCUCCUAUGAUAGAUAACAAAUAUGCUCCUGCAGUCACUCUCAAUGGAUUCAUAUUUAUUCUUGGAGGGGCCUACGCCAGAGCCACAACUAUUUAUGAUCCAGAAAAGGGGAAUAUUAAAGCAGGCCCAAACAUGAAUCACUCAAGACAAUUUUGCAGUGCUGUUGUUCUUGAUGGGAAGAUUUAUGCAACAGGAGGCAUCGUAAGCAGUGAAGGCCCUGCACUGGGAAGUAUGGAGUCCUUUGAUUCUGUAACAAACACCUGGACAACUGUAUCCAGCAUGCCUUGUCCUGUGUUCCGGCAUGGUUGUGUAGUCAUCAAAAAGUACAUUCAGAGUGGCUGACAUCACUGGACUGCUCAUUGGAACUGAACUGAUGAUGUGUGUUAGAGGAGUGUUUUAAAAGAAAACACUGCUCUGAAGCAUUUUGUAUACUGUCUACAUUGAAUGUAGAAAACAAGUCAUACUCACCUUUUGGUGAAAUAGGGACUAGUGUCCCUCAGCUGUGUAAUAUAAUGUAACUUAUUUAGAACACAAAUGUGUCACUAGAUGUAGUGGCACCUGUUAACCAAUUAGUCUAAUCAGGUGUAAAAGGCAUUUUGAACUUUUUUUCUAACUUUGCUUCUAAAAUCAAAGGUUAAUACAGAUAAAGUUAUUUCAGAUAUUUCUAGUACGAAAUAAUAUUAAGUGGUGAUGGACAUAUUCUGAUUGUUAUCAGAGUUGCCUUACUUUGAUCCAAGAUUCUGUUAAGAGAAAUGUAUAUAUAUAUUUUCUAAUAAUGAAAGCUAGUAUUAAAAAAAAAGACUGUUUAGUAAGUAUCCAGCUAUGAAUGUCAGUCUUCCAAAGGAUCAAAUGAAUGAUCUUCAUUAUAUCAAAGACAGUUAGCUGUGUGGCCACCAGUGUGCUGGCCUGGUAUUCAAACUCCACAAGACAAAAAGAAUAAGAACCUUUUGGCUCCUGAGUAAAUGCAAUUUUCACUGGGAUGCAGUAGUCGGUUCUUUCUGUCAGCUCAAGAAUCUGAUCUGAUAUGAUUUAUUAUGCCAGUACAUGCUGGGCAUCCUAUAUUUUGUACUUUCUGUACAGUUGUUAAAAAUGCUGCCUUUGUGUAUUCUGGAAGUCAGUCUGCCUCAGAUGUCCUGUACUUAGCUCCUUGAUCAGGGGGUGUUAAUAUUCCUUAGACUUAUUUUUUUCUUUGUGCUUCUUUGGCUGUACCUGCUGACAAUUAAACCUCUGUUUAUCAACCAUUCAUAUUCAUUCCCCAGCCUGGGUAUUGAGGAUGAGACUUGGCUAGGAAAGACCAUUUUACAGGCAGCUGCAGUGCUGGUCUGUGUCCUCACUGGCAUCCAGCGAUGAUGGAAUAUAAUUAUUUAGGCAUUUCACACCCCCUAGGCAGAGGACAUAUGAUCCACAUCACCAUAGUAACCAUAAUGUUCCUCUUGAUGUGAGUUCACACUGUGGUUUACUCACGAGAGCUACCACUGACACAGCUUAGUAGAUGAAUACCUGCCACCAAGGGACAUAUCUUGAGUGCUCCCCAUCCUCCAACAGAUUGUGGCAUUGGCUGGCCCCAGAUCUCUCUUCUCCUAUCCUCUAAGCAUGGGCACACCCAACCUCCCUGGCUUGCUCUAUCAAGAAGAUGAGCUGCUAAUAAAUCUCAGGUUGCCUGGGUUGUAGUUAGGCCUUUAUCUCUCCAUGUCACUGGAGGGGGAAUAGUUCUUAUAUAUAAAAGACAUAUGAAAAGAUGACUAGUCUUGGACAAAUGGCAGACUGACACAGUACCCAUAACAACCUGCUACUUCUCUACCAUUUUAAUUUUGGUAUACGUUCAGUACUGUGUAAUGUUUGAAUCUGAGCUCAUUCUUAGAUACCUAAAUCUGUACUCUUCCCUAAGUCAUGGCAUUUAGCUUUUGGGGAUAAGGAGAAGGGGUUAAAUGCAUUUUUAUCAGCUAAAACAUUAAGUGCUUUUUAUCUGCAUACCAUGGUACACAAAUACCACUUUAACAAAAUAAUCAGUUUUUACAACAAAACAUUAUCAAUAACAAUAGUGAGACUGCCUCAUAUUCACAAACAAAAAAGCGAUUAUGUGGUUGAACCUAUGAAAAUAUGGAUAAUACAAAAAAUGAAAAAAAGGUUUUUAGAGAUGUUAAAUGUGUUUUCUGAUUCCUUUGCUUACUAUUCCAGUUCAGUGGAGUGUAUUAAUUUAAGAUAGACAUGUAUUAAACAAAAUGUAUGUAUCUGAAGAGCAGACUGUUCAAAAGCAGAAUAGAAUUUGUAGGGAUAUAUUUUUAGAGAUCUAGGUUUGUGUUGUGUACAUACUUCCUUAAAUAUACUAUAUUGAUAAAAAUACAAA